AGAAGAGGCACUUAAAAGAUUUGCUUGUCAUAGUUUGUUAUAACACUCAAAAUAGCACAACAUUAUCAAUUACAGCCUGUGUGUGUGUGUGUGUGUGUGUGUGUGUGUGUGUGUGUGUGUGUGCGUGAGCGCGCGCGCCUCGCGGUGGGCGUGUGUGUGUGUGAAAACAAACACGGGUCGCGGUGGUGGUCGGCCGCGGCGCCCUUCAAUGGAGCAAAUGUUUGGCCUCCCACUGUAAACAAUAACACAAGAGUAAACUCAAACAAACUAACUGCGCCUUUAAAUAAGAUGUCUCUGCCUCCGACACGCUUAGUAGCCCGCCAGCCGCUGAGGGAGGAAGGCACCCACCCGUUAAUUCACACACACACACACGCAAGCUUAUCUAACAGAGUGCCUGGGGACCACACACACACGCCAUGAACCACCACUCCGCCGCCUCCUAUCCCAGCCUCCCCCUCUCCUCCUCUUCCUUCUAUCCCUCUCCCCUGUACUUCUCCCACCUGCUGUCCUCCUCCCUGCCUUCCCCCUACACUCCCUCCCCGCUCCUCUACCCCCCCUGCCGCCUCGGACCACAGCCUCACGCCCCUGACGCAGAAGCGCAGCAGAAGCCGCCGUUCUCCUACAUCGCCCUCAUCGCCAUGGCCAUCCGCAGCGCCCCGGAGCAACGCGUCACUCUGGCCGGCAUCUACAGGUUCAUCAUGGACCGCUUCCCCUACUACCGCCACAACCGCCAGGGCUGGCAGAACAGCAUCCGCCACAACCUCAGCCUCAACGACUGCUUCAUAAAGGUGCCGCGGGAGAAGGGUCGGCCGGGCAAGGGCAGUUACUGGGCCCUCGACCCCACCUGCUCCGACAUGUUUGAGAACGGCAACUACCGCAGGAGGAAGCGGCGUCCCCGGCAGGGCCAAGGCGCAUCAGGAGCCCCCAAGGAGACGCAUGAGCCGGCAGGAGCAUCGCCAGAACAGGAAGACGAAAAGGCCUGUCCCAAGUACGACCAGCACAACACGAAGUUGAGCGUCGCGGCUGCCGACGACGCGGCGCUCGGCACCAAAGCCACCGGCAGUGACCCUCCGUCAGGCGGGGACCUGCUGGACGGCCUGGGGGCGGCGUGCGUGGGGCUGCCGGGGGUCGCCAUGCCUGACAUGACGCCGGUGCUGAGGGACGUCCACCAGCGUGGCCACGCCCUCGAGGGGAAGCUGCCCAGCGGAGUGGAGUGUACGCCACACAGAGACUCACUGUCUUGCAGGAACGUCGUGUUGGACGAGAAACACGCGCCGCUCAGGCCCGGCGGCAGCUGUGACCUCGGGAGAAGCCAACUGUUGGCCUCGUGGUCCUUCCUACAGCACCUGCCGCACCUCCUGCCGCAGGGGAACCAUGGGCACACAAGGACGUUGGUGCCACGGCGGGCUGACAUGAGGACUGACCCCGCUAGAGGCUUGCCAGAGGAACUGCGGGUCAUCCCGGAGCUGCUGCUACUUCGAAACAGCCUGGACACCAGACGGGCCGCGGUGCUGGCUGGCCACGACGCCAAGCUUGGGGCGGGCGGCCACGUGCUGGACACCUACCACCCCAGCACCCCGCGGGGCCGCAGUUUCCUCAUCGAGAACCUCAUCAGUUAGGUUGGCGAUGCGCUGCACCGAGCUGACGGGCGCCUAUUUAUGUUGUUUAUAGUAAGGUUAAGUGAAAUAAACGGUAUUCACUAAU